AUGUUGUUUCAAGUGUCCUCAAACUCAUCUUACCAAAAACAAGAACAUCCAAUAAAUAUAUUUUUAGAAUCAACAGCAUCCUCAAUAGUUUUUGGAUGUCCUGGUAUAAGUAGAAGUAUUCCUAGAAUUGAAGCAAAUGUUCAAGUAAGAUCAAAUAACGGUUUACCUUUUCCAAUUCGAUCAAUCUCAAUAGUUUUAUUAACUCGUCAAAAAGUAUCAGUACCAACAAAGUUUGGAUCUAAUGACGCGUUUAAGGAAUUUAAACUUUACGAAGAUCCUUUAGCUUUUAAGCCUAUCAAUGGUUUUAGUGAGAAAUUACUUGGAUUGGACUUACCUAUAUUAAUCCCAAUACCACGGGAUGUGACUUCAUCUGGAUGUCUGACAACUUUUGGGUCAAUCACAACUCAUUAUUUAACAGUCAAAGUUAUAACAGGUGAAUCUAGUGCUACGGAGGUUUCAUUUGUUGAAAUGUUCCCUGUUGUUAUUAAAUUAUAUGAUACUUUACCUUUGUAUCGACAAUUCAAUGAACCAGUUGUUGAAAUUAGGAAUUCUCCUGAUAAUCAAAUUAUAGCAGAGAUUACAAUACCAAACAGUUCAAUAGGUCCUGGAGAUCAAUUGAAUAUAAAUUGCAAGUUGAUGACUAAUUCAUCUAAUAAUAAAAUUAAAAAACAUCUUCAAUUGAAGCAACAAACUUUUCAAGUGAAAGAAUUUCUAGAAUGUUAUGAUGGAGGCUUACCACCAUUGAGAGAAAAUAAAAUUCAUUCUAUCACAACUCAUCCAAAUCAAGAACUCAAUACACAAGGAAUUAUUAGCAAAUUUAGUUUUGAAUUUCCAAAAUAUCAUGAAUUUUUGGAUCUUUUCAAGCAAUCAGAACCAUUAAUCAUUUCGCAAGAGGUUGUUAACGAUUAUGAUACUACUGUUAUUGAUCUCACAAACAUCUCCAACCAAAAAUUAAUGGACAAAUUGAUUGAGGGUCUACCUAUUACACAUAUACAAAGUUUUACAUCUCAAGGUAGAUUUUUUUCAAUUAAAUUUGAAAUUAUAGUGAAAUUAAAAUUUUCAAAAGCUAAAGAUUUUGACAUUAAAUUCCCAAUAACAAUUUGUCCAUAUGAUCGUGAAUCGAGUGAAUAUUUGUUACAAUGGAUAAUGCACGAAUGUGAAGUUGCUAAAGCUAGAUUUGGUAAACAAUUUAUUGAUCAAUUCUUUGCUUCAAAACAUUAUAAUGACAUUUGCGCAUUGAUGAGUAGCUAUAAAGCCCCUCCUACUGUAUAUCGGUACUGUAGAGAAGAUUGGAUAAAACUAGGUCACGAUGGGGAUAGUUUUGGCAAAUCUAAAAAUAUAGUUCUGUUUAUAGAUUAG